CGGUCAAACCUCCUCGCGCCGGAAAGUCCAUUAAUUUCCGCUUCCGGUGAAGAACCCCGCUCUACUUCAUCCCGUCAUAAUGCCCAAAUCAAAAGAAGUGCUCUCUUCCACAUCUGGAAGUGACUCCGACAGUGAAGUUGAGACCAAGGCAAAGAGAAAGAAGCCCAGCGUUCAGGAGAAACCGUCCAAGAAACCAAAGAGUGGGGAGAGUUCGAAGCCCAGUGGUUCUGCCAAGGCCAGCAGCAAUGGUGAUGACAACAUGUUCCAGAUUGGGAAGAUGAGAUAUGUCAGCGUCCGGGAGUUCAAAGGUAAAGUCCUGAUUGACAUCAGAGAGUACUGGAUGAACCAAGACGGGGAGAUGAAGCCGGGGAAGAAAGGAAUCUCCCUGAACCCCGAGCAAUGGAGCCAGCUGAAGGACCAGAUCUCAGAGAUCGAUGAUGCCAUUAAGAGAAUAUAAGCAUUCCUCUCAGUGUUACCUGUUGGCAGAUGAGUUUUGUAAAAAAGUCUGGGUUUGUUUUCUAAUGGAUUUGUUUAACUUGUAGCCGUAUAGACCCAGUGUUUGUGUCUGCAUACUCUUGUUUUCUGUGUGACCUUUCAAUUGGAGCAGAUUUAGUGAAAGUAAGCAGUUGGAAGAUCAUGGUGGUUCAGUUUAGUGUUCAUCAAUACACUGUUUUUGUAUUGAAUAAUAAAAAUGAGGCACUAACAUAAUAGUGUUUAGUUAAUGUGUAAGUCCAUGUGCACACUUCAUGUGUAAUAUCACUGCUUUACAUUGUAAUUGAAAUUGAUAUUAAAUUGGAUUAUUAAA